AUUUGAGUGCGUGGAGUGGUAGUGUGUCGCACGGUGCGGCGCGGCUCGCUCCAUCAGUGUCUGUUCGCGCAUCGACGCACGCUCCACGCUCACUGUUCCAUGGUUUCCUCGAUCUAAUCACGUUAUUUAAAUACGUCUCUCAUAAUAUCAAGCACUACCUUCCCCAUGACGCCGACUCCGUGCGUGGACGCGUCGCGCGUGGUGGUGCUGGACGGCGGCUUCUCGUCGCAACUGUCGUGCCACGUGGGCCACGUGGUGGACGGUGACCCGCUGUGGAGUGCGCGCUUCCUGCACACGCACCCCGAGGAUGUGGUCAACACGCACCUCGACUUCUUGCGAGCGGGCGCUGACCUGAUAAUCACGAACACUUACCAGGCGUCGAUAGAUGGGUUCGUGGAGCACCUCGGGGUCACGGCGGCGGAGGCCUACGAGCUCAUGUUGCGCGCCGUGGAGCUCGCCAAGCGCGCCCGGGAGAUGUACCUGGAGGAGGCAGAGGGGUACCUACAAAUCGAGCAGCAGCCGCUGGUGGUGGGGUCGGUGGGCCCGUACGGCGCGCACCUGCACGACGGCUCGGAGUACGACGGCAGCUACGCCGACACCACCGACGUUCAGACGAUGCGGGAGUGGCACCGGCCGCGCAUGCAGGCGCUGGUGGAGGCGGGCGUGGACCUGCUGGCGCUGGAGACCAUCCCCUGCCAGGAGGAGGCCGAGAUGCUCGUGGACCUGCUCCGCGAGUUCCCCACCGUCAAAGCCUGGCUGGCGUUUAGCUGUAAGGACAAUCAGAGUAUAGCGCACGGGGAGAGUUUCCAGAAGGUGGCGCAGAAGUGCUGGGACUCGAACCCGGAGCAGCUGGUGGCGGUGGGCGUGAACUGCUGCGCGCCCAGCUUCGUGCGCACCCUGGUCUCUGGCAUCAACGCCGAGCGCCCGCACGCGCCCAUCCCGCUCAUCGUCUACCCCAACUCGGGGGAGAAAUAUAACCCACAGAUCGGCUGGAUCGACCGCGACAAGUGCGAGCCGGUGGAGGUGUUCAUCCAGGAGUGGCUGGCGCUGGGCGUGCGCUACGUGGGCGGCUGCUGCCGGACCUACGCGGCUGACGUCACGCGAAUCCGCAAUCAGGUGCAGCGCUGGCGGGACGCGCACCGGUUCCACUGCACGCCUGAAUGAGUGGACACUGCGAUGAGGAUAGGGCGUUGUGCGGAGUUGGACAGCUUUGGCCGGAUUUUGGAUUCAGUGACAAUAGCAACAAAUUACUUCUAAGCGAAAAAAACUAGCUGAUGAUGAUGAUGAUGAUCAUCAUCAUCUAGUCGGCACGGCUGUCCUUGCAAUGAAAGAAGGGUUUAGGGCCUACUCCACCACGCUGGCCUAGUGCGGAUUGGCGGACAACCAAGCAAAACCGUAAAUUAAGUGCUGUUUUUAAAAAAAUGGGGUAAUUUUUGCUGUCGGCCUGUAAUAAGUGGAACUAUUUCAUUGCUCGUUAUUUUAUAUUUGUGUCCACUGGAGAUUCUGAAAUCCUUACACGAGCUAGGGUUGUCUAACUCUGGACAACUCAAGUGGGUCUACCAAAGUGAAUUAACGUCGUGCUGUCGGAACAGAGACGCAAGUUUAACUUUAUCUAGAUCCGUGUCGCAUUAAUUUAACUAUGUGUAUAUUUUACUCGCCAUAAUUUUACCAAAGCACUAUUUUAUGUAAUAUUGUAAUAAAACCGUAAAUAUA